UUCACGCAGCGCUCAUCUCCUCUGUGGCAAUCCCCGUUUCUCUCCUCAAAUACACGACUUCCACCGUCGGCAGAAAUAGGAAAUGUUGAGAGCUGAUUGCUUAGAAGGGCACAGUUUAAUAUGAGGAUAAAGAGAUAGAAAAACGACCUGUUUAAGGCCAAGUUAAGUCAAAUGAAAGUUGAGAGAUGAUGUUUGCUGUUGACUGAAGUCCACCCCAAGAAAAAAAAUGAAGAGGAGGCUGCUUCGUGGUUUCCUAUCGGAAAUUUCCAUCCGGAUAGCGCUGUUGGUCGUGUUCCUUGUGACGGAGCAGCUUCCACCUUUCUACCGUGAGAUCCAGCCAGAGGAGAUGUGGUUGUAUAAAUUCCAUCGUGUGGAGAGAGACCACGUACCCACCUCUCUUAUGUUUAGUGUGGCGGUUUUCACUCCGCUGAUUGUAAUCCUGGCUUUCACCUUCCUGAAAAAGUCGGAGCGAGGGGAUCUGAAGGAGGCCUCACUGGCUGUGACUUUGACUCUGGUGCUGAACGGAGUUUUCACCAAUGUCAUCAAACUUGUUGUUGGCAGGCCACGGCCAGACUUCUUCUAUCGCUGUUUCCCAGAUGGUCAGAUGAACCUGGAGUUGCGCUGCAGUGGGGACCCAGACGUCAUCAUGGAGGGCAGGAAGAGUUUUCCCAGCGGACACUCUUCCUUUGCCUUCGCAGGUUUGGGUUUCACAGCGCUGUACGUCGCAGGAAAGCUGCGCUGCUUCAGUCCAGUGGGCCAAGGCAGAGCGUGGCGGCUGUGUGCCUUCCUCAUUCCUUUACUCGUCGCGACAGUGAUUGCCCUCUCCAGAACCUGCGACUACAAACACCACUGGCAAGACGUACUAGUGGGUUCUCUGCUGGGCCUUACCUUCGCCUGGCUGUGUUACAGACAGCACUACCCUCCCCUUCAGGACCCUGACUGCCACAGACCUCUGCGUCACAGAGAGACCGUUCCUGCCGCACAGGAACGCAAACUGGCCAACUCCAACUACAUCCUGCCCCGGUAGAACAGCUGUAACUGGGGUCAUUUAUACUGGGUUACAUGGUAAUCCUUCUAAGUCUGGUUUUCACACGCUUGGGACUGGGCAAUAUAUGUUUAUCAUUGUAACUGUAUAGUUGGAAUUUUCCUUGUGUGUAGUGACGAUUUGUUUUCUAAAUUCAAAUGACCCUUUUUUUUUUUUAUUUUUUAUUUAUUUUUAUUUUUUUGAACGGUUUCUGAAACACGUGAGAGUUGCUGCAAAUAACAACUCCAGUUAAACAGUCCAACUUGGUGGACCAAUCUCAGAUGGCCUGGUGACGAUCAUUACAGUUAUUGUAAUCCAUCCAUAUCGUCCAACCGUACACACCCUGUGUCUUGUGCCUACAGAUCACAUGACUUUAAACAGCUCAGCAGGUCAAAUACACAAGCACUGCACUGAUAGCCCAGCGGCUGAGAAGCAGUUUCUCGUGUAGAGUCACUAUUUUGUGAUCAUUUUGUAAACUUUUUCAACAGGCAGGGCUGAGACUUGAUGUUUGUGCAUCAUGCCUGACCUUUGAGAAACAAUAUAUGGUGAAGAGAGUCUGAGCUCAACAUGGUGCCGAAACGAUCAAGCGAUGAAUAAAUUAAGUAAUCAAUGAAUAUUAAAAAAGAAUCAAGAUAUUAGAUGACAAAAUUACAUUAAUUAAAUUAGUUUCAGCCUGAGCUUAAAAAAAAAAAGUGAUGAUUUUCAGAUUUUUUAUGAUUUCAGCUGCAUCUCAACGUCGUCUUCAGUAGAGCUGGUUCAGGCGUGAUCACAAGACCUAACGGUGAAACAGCAGGGACCCUGGGCAAGAGAUGAAUGAAUGAUAAAUAAACAGAAAACAUCAGCUCUUUGUUAACAGCAGCCCAAACCUGUCUCAGCAUCGACUAUUAAACAAGAUCAAGGUGGACAUCCUUGAACCAAGUCAGGGGUUAAAGUCUUUCCACCGUACACAACCGCUUGUUAUCAUGUGGCUGAAUGAUUAAAUUUAGGUUCUCUAAAGACAAAUGAGAUAAGACUGAACGCUCCAAAUAAUUAUCAAGUGGACCUUUUGAGCUUAGAUUAUCUGUACCAUAUUUGUAUUUGAUUUGACAGGAAAUCUGGUGAAGUAAGAGGUGUUUAUGUGGGUCGAAGUAGGGGUGGGAAAUAUGGAUAAAAUCCUCCAUUUUAUGUGAUGAUAUCAAUGUGAAUCAUUGACAUAUAUAAAUCAUGAAUAAUUGCUCGUCGGGAAAACUUUUUUAAAUUCUAUUUAUAUAGCACCAAUUCAUAACAGAAGUCAUCCCAUUGCCCUUUUCACGUAGAGCAGGUCUAGAUCAUACUCUGUCAUAUCAUUUACAGAGACCCACCAAUUCCCCCCAUGAGCACACACUUAGCGACACAGCCAAAGGAAAAAACAGGUCGAAACCUCAAGAACAACCUAGACUCAGAGCGGGCGGCCAACUGCCUCGACCGGAAACUGAGAAACUGUUUAUGGAGAUAAUAAAAACACGAGAAUGUCUGUGUUUAGCCUCAUAAAACCAGAGAUAUUAAAGAAUACGAUUAGGUUGUAUAUUUUUAUCGUCAACAAAUUGCAUGAAAAUACCAAAACCAACACUGUGUCUGUGGCACUUAAUUCAUUCCUGCUGAAGGGAACUUUAAAGGGAUAGUUACGACGGUAUGGUAAAACCUCUAACCAUUGACUCUUAUAUCCUAUUAUCUCACAGUACAUGUCAACAUGUGGCCCGCCCCCCAUAUUUGCUGCCUUUAUGUUUCGUUAUUGUACACUCUUCCGGCUCCUCUGCGUCCUCUGUGUGUGAAUGUUCACCAGGGGCGGUGAGAUGUGACGAACAGGGAUUGGUUGUUUGAGUGACAGCAAAACCAGAUCUUCCUGAUGAACCUGAGUGAAGUUGGACUGUAACUUCUCCAGGUGAUGGUGCUAGCCUCCCAGCUCUCCUGCUGGACAGGUUUUCUAUCCUGUUAAUAGUUUUAUUGGCACGUAGAGUUUGGUGUUUGUUCUUCUUCUGGUAGUUUCAUUUAAGAUUGUGAAGGCUCAGGUUCAGUUAUGAUUUUAUGUUUACUUUGUUGGCAUUUCGUUUUUUUUUCUUUUAUGCUAUGUUUUCGUUAUGAUGUUUUUGUACAGAAUAUGUCAUGUUUUACGCAAAUGUGACUGUUUUUGCAGGUUGAAAAAUGAAAAACAACCAAACCUCUGUGCAUGUGAAUCCAGCCAAAGUGUUGCUCGUUGUGGUGAAUCAGCACGGCUGGAUCACAGUGGUUUUAGACAAAACCUGGCAGAAAAAAACAGAUGAAUUUGUGCCUUUGUUUACUAUAUUACGUUACAACUCUUAGUUAAUGGAUGAAGUAUAUGCUGCAUGUUACAGUGUAUGCUCUCUGUCAUGUUGUGGACACAACAUCGAUCUUUACGUUAGUUAUUGUUUUACAGUGUCCAGGGUUCAGUUGGGAAGAUACUACAUGAUGUUUAAAUGUGGCAUGCUGCCUUUCUUUACCUCAAAAGAAAAAAAUACUUUCCAUAAAUGUUAUUGUUAAUGAUGUCUGGGUUGAAACAUUUACAACUGAGAGAGUAGCCAACGUGGAAAAAACUUAACUCUUACUGUACUCACUCUUACAGGUAUUUAUGAGAUGGUGUACAGGUCCAUGUGUAUUUAAUUUGGGAGCAUGUAUGAGUUUACUUGAAUUUGUAAGUAUUUGUUUUGUUUACCUUUAAAUGUGAUGGUGUUUAUUUCCUGAUCAUCUUUUAUUAGCACAUGGGUUUCUGGUGACUCUUUCAGACAAAAACAAAAGUUCAUUAGACUAAUUUUGAUUAAACCUGCAUGUUUCACAGCUUAAGAGCAACAUAUUUUAUUAAUUGCUUCCUUCCAAAUCCCCACAUUUCCAUCCAUUUUAAUUACUUUAUGUGAUUUGCAGUACAUGUAUACUGUAUCAGGUUGUUGAUCGUGUCUGGUCUCCUUCAGAUGGGGAUUUUACUAACACUUGCCCGCUUGCUUUAUUUAUGUCAUGCAUCAUGGUAACUUGCCUUGGCUUGUAGGACCACAUAGCAGCGGCUCAUGCUGAUACAGUAUCCUGAUUGUACAUGUUGUGAUGCUUUUAAUAAGUCUUUUGGUGACACUUAACAAUGUUUGCAAUACAAUACACUCCGUCCUUUGCUUAUUUUCUUUUGAGUCAGCGGUCCUUGUUUUGAGUAUGUGUGAUAAUUCCAGACACCUGCUUAGACCAUAUGAAAAGUGUAGUAAAGGAUACUUUGGGCAGUGAAACAGCAAUUAACAACAGGUGACAGCAACACAAAUUAGUUUAUUACAAAUGUAUUAGUCAAAUUAUGAAAAAGCUUGGGUUGCAGCGAUAAAAGUGCAGAAUAGCAGCAUUUCCUCAAUUACUUUUUUGUUUUAAAGGUGCAGUCUCUUCAUUUUCAUAUUUCUAGAUGCUUUACUUCUUAUUUGUGUUGAAACUGGGAAGUCCUUUCCUAGUCUACAUUUUAACAUGUCAAACCUCAGAUUAAAAUAAUCUUGUAGACUC